GUCAAAGUAAUUUCCAGCUGUGUGUUUGUAUCGCCGUAUCGCAGCCACAGGCCACUGCCAUAGACCAGACACUAUUUAUUCGUUGUUCGUUCGUGAACCUUGCAAUUGAUUGGUUAUAGGGACAGACAUGUUAUUCCAAAUGUAUUGGCCUUACUUUCUUGUGGGGUUGGUGGUAUACGUGGUGAUGAGGGUGGGAUUUUCUACCUGGAUGGGGAUGAAAGAAAAGAAAAGGUUGGGGAUGGGAAAGAAAACUGAUGACAUGAUUCAAGAGGAAAGAAUAAACAAAUGCGACAAACUACUCAACUAAAUAAUUAUUGAGUAGAUUUAGAAUCGUCGGAUUCUGAAUCACCAAAAGAAGAAGACGACGUUUCUCCAGCACUACCAAAAGAUCUAAAGCACAUACCGUUGAAUUUUGAAAAACUGUCUGAAGAGGAAGCACACCUGAGAUCCACACAAUUUUUUGAAUCGAUGAACAAGAGAAGAACCGUUCGACAUUUUAGUACAAAACCUGUUCCUAAAGAAAUAAUUUGCAAUAUCAUCAAGACCGCGGAUCGAUUCCUCGUCCGACGGUGAGAUGAGAGAUGAAGAAAUAUGGCCGCGGAUUCGUCAAAAAUGUAUGCGACUCAUCCAGUAGUCGAACGGGUGCUGACGUACCAACUACUGGUGUUUCUGCUGCACUAAAGUCUGAGACGUUAGAUCGAAACUCGGUGCAACAUGGCAAGAGGCUGCAUGCUAAAGCUGAAAAGAGAAUAGCAAGGACUAGCACUACCGGUGUUGCUGGGGGCCAACAGAAGGACCGGCUGAAACGGUGUCCGUUGGACCAGUCGCACUGGGUGAAACCAUCAUCUAUGGCGAACCACCUAGUGCGGUGUCGCAGGAGUCAAAAGGAGCAUCAAGAGCAGCAGCGCCAGCGAGAUGAGCAACGGAGACAGCAGCGGAAUCAACAGCGCCAGCAACAGCAGCAUCGGGACCAACAGCGCCAGCAGCAGCAAAACGAGCAACCGAUGGAUUUGACCAGCCAUGCUGGAAACAGAACACAAGAAGUAGUCCAGCAAGCUGAGGAAAACUGGGACGAUGACAACUAUCCCACAUACCAGCCUCAGUUACAUGGGCGAGCGGUGUUCAGGAAUACUCCACCGUAUCUGUCAAAAAACGAAAGGAAACGGUGGAGGAAAAGCGAAGUGGAGAGGUUUAAAAAAUUAGGAUUAGGCAUAGAAGUCAAGUUAUAGUCUAGGUUAGUUUAUAUAAGUUGUAGUAUCAACUAUAGUUCUUAAGUUAAUUUUAAUAUUAUGUGUUGUGUGAGUGAAAGUGUGUGUGUAUAUAUAAGUAUA